GAAUCGCGACUCUUGCAAAACCCCGAAAUCGUGGCCAAAUGAUGCCUCAUAAAACGAUGCACAACAAGGGGAUUAUGGUCAGGGGUUAGGGGUUAGGGGUUAGCAGGGUUAGGACUUUAUGAAGGUCGCAGGUUAGGUCGCAGUUUAGGUCGCAGGUUAGCUCGCAGUUUAGGUCGCAGCUUAGGUCGCAGGUUAGGUGCCGGUUAGCGAAUAAGACCUGAUCCCUAUUAGGGUGUGUACCUGUAGCAUAUCUAUAUACCUGGAGCCAAGUACUAGGGUAUAUAUGCCCGCCAUUUGGUGGCAAUCAGCAUCAGUUGUCCAACAACAGUUACACCGCUAACAUCGUACACCGUACAGUGAAGCCACUAUACUAUAUACCAAAAUAUCUCACAAAAACUCAAGAUGGGCAGCACACAUUCCGCUGAGGAGCAGGUAAAGAGUGUGGAGGACACAACCAGUCCCGGCAAUCCGGGCAUCUUCUGCACGGCGGCCUCACUGCCCAACUUCAUUAGCAAUAUCCAGCGACUGGUGCUCCGCAAGCUGAGCAUCUCGGCGAGGAAACAAAGGCGACUGAGCAAGCACUCCAAGCAACUGCUGCGACCCAUGCCCCGCUGCUCGUCCUUCGGAUCCAGCGGCACUCUACUGACGCCCACCAAGAAGUCCUGCAGCUUGGCGGAUCGCCGCUAUGCCCAGUGGAAGUGCAGCUUCGAGCACCUGGCCAGGAUGCAGUCGCCGCCGCGUCUUCAUGACAUCAGCGAGGCCAUGACUGGACAGACCACGCCCCCUGGCUUUCCCUCCCACACGGAUGCCAAGCGCUGCCUGGUGGUGGCCAGUACGAUGGAGGACGCCAGUUCGCCGGAGUCGCCGCUGUACGAUUUGGUGGGCGGUGGCCAGAAACUUCGCCGUCGCCUCAGUUUGCGCAGCCACGCCCCCGUGCGCCGCCCAUCCGCACGGCAGAAGGCAGAAGCAUCCAAGUUGGAUGCCCAGCUGCAGCGGGAUCUUCGCGAUCUGGAGGAUUACUAUGGCGGCUUCCACUUUGCCCAGCGUCGCGAGCGUUUGGUCAAGGUUUAGUUUUGCAAAAAAGUAUAUAAAUAAUAAUAAGACAUUUUUAAUAAUUUUGAUAGCAAAUAUUGUGAUAGCUCGUAAGCCCUAAAGUCCUGAAUAAAAUUCGAAAUUAAAAUCAAA